AUGGCUAAUCAUCUUCUUGCCAUACGGAAGCCUAGCCAUACAAACCACCCUCCUCGCGUUGGCAAGAACUGGGUGUCAAAUCUAGUGGCACGCCGUCCAGAGCUCCAAUGCCGCUUCUCAAGACGCUAUAACCAUGAUCGGGCCAAGUGUGAAGACCGCAGGAUUGUGGAGGAUUGGUUUAAGACCCUAGAGAGGGUAAUGACUGAGCAUGGGAUUGUGUUUGAAGAUAUUUACAACUUUGAUGAAGCUGGGUUUGCAAUGGGGCUCUGUGCAACUACCAAGGUCAUUACUAGUGCUGAGCACUACGGACGAGCAACUCUUAUACAGCCUGGGAAUCGUGAGUGGGUGACUGCAAUUGAGUCAGUCAACGCGUCAGGAUGGGCCCCUCCGCCGUAUAUUAUCCUCAAAGGUCACAAUAUUCAGGAAGGCUGGUUUGACGGGCUGCCGGAAGGCUGGAGAUUGGAUGUUAGUCCUAAUGGCUGGACCACAGAUGAGAUAGGAAUCAAAUGGCUUACACGGCUGUUUAUUCCAGCUGCAAAUCCACGCAGGGUUGGAACCCAUAUUCUUCUUAUUCUGGACGGGCACGGCAGUCAUCUUACUCCGGAAUUUGACCAAAUCUGCAGUGAGAAUAAGAUUAUUCCUCUCUGCAUGCCACCACAUUCUUCACACCUUUUGCAGCCACUAGAUGUGGGUGUUUUUGCACCUUUAAAGCGCGCGUACGGAACCCUAGUUGAACAGCGAAUGCGGCUAGGAUUCAACACCAUUAAGAAGGCAGAUUUCCUAGAUGCCUAUCCUGCAGCACGUCGGGAAGCCUUCAAGGCUUCAAACAUUCAAAGUGGGUUCAGGGCCACUGGAAUAGUUCCAUUGGAUCCUCAAUGCGUUGUUCAGCAGCUGAAUAUUCAACUCCGAACCCCUACUCCCCCAGCCAGCAGGUCAAGCAAUUCAACGUCAUCCUGGAUCCUACAAACACCUAGUAACCCCCGGCAAUUGCAGAAGCAGGUGAAUAAGGUCAGAAAUCUUAUGGAUCAGGAUCAACCUCAUGGGUUAGUGGAAGGCUUUGACCAAAUAAUCAAGGCCUGCGAAUACGGGAUGGUCAGCGCCAUGGUUAUGAAGAAGCAGUAUGAGGAUAUUUUCAAUGCAAAUGAGAAAGAGAAGCAAAAACGCAAGAGUGACUACACAUAUAACUGCAACAGUGUCAACGAUGACCCAAGCACCCAUGAUAUGGUAUUUUUUUACUAUUUGAAGGUGUGCUCAAUUGAAGAACUCAUAAACAACGAAUGGAUUUUUAGAGAUAGCGAUUACACUUUAUAG